CACUCAAGCCGCAGUCUCGCGCUCGACUCGCGCCCAAACGCACUCAAGUAAAGCAAGAUGAGGCCCCUGCUGCUGGUCUCGGCGGCGCUGCUUGUGCUCUCCGUGCUGCUCGAGGCGGCGCCGCAGGGCGACGCAGAACUCGAAACCGUCGAGCCGCCGUUCACGCUGCCCGUACAACUGGUCGGCUUCCCGGUCAUCAUUAUGGCAGUCAAAUUCGCCAACUUCCUCAAGAAACUGACCUACUCGCUCAAUCCAAAAACAUACGUAGGAAGAGUUCGCCGCGGAGCUUUGGACCCUAGUCUGCUGAGGGAGCAUUUGACCCACGGCCGCUACGACGGCGACCUUGACAUUUCGAACGUGGAGCAUCAACUAGUCGCUGAAAUGGGUCCCGAUGUGUGCCUCUUUGAAAACAUUUGCAAGAAGUACUCAAUGCACAAAAAGUCACUCGAAUGGGAGGACGUGGUCAGGGAGUACGAGAGCUACGCUGGUAACCGCAAAAAGUUCUACCUUUUGAGCGUGUUUCUGGGAGAAAUUGUUUCGUCGCCAAAGCUUUGCCAUCAAAUCGCGACUCAACCAGGCAGGUCGUGCGAGUAGGGUGAAGACUGAACGUGCGAAUGACGAGUGUUUUGUGUGUUUUCUACUUAUCAGUGUGUUCCACUUGUACAUUAUGCUAGACUUAAAUAAAAUAAGUUAAUUGUGUAAUUAACGAA